AUGGAAGAGGAGGUUGUCAAUUACAAUUUUGUUCGAGCAACAGAAAGCAAGGCCGGAAUGCUAGAGUCAGAUGAGAUUGGGCCCGGCGAUAAGAUUGACUCUCUAAUCGCUAAUGCUUUGAAUCAACUUUCAUUGGAUGAGCGUGAGACUGUGUAUUAUGAAAUGCAUGGAGUUGAUGAAGUGAUCAACGAGACACCUGAGCUUGUGAAUACCAGUUUGAAUCUAUUAGAGAUCGAGUUGGAGAGGAUAAAGGCUACACAUCGCAAAGCAAAUGCCUACAAAAUGGCAGAGGAAAUGUCGCCAGACUUCGUCCACGAUCAGACUUUGCGAAUGAAGUUCUUACGAAGUGAAAAGUUCGAUGCGGAAAGGUCAGCAGAGAGGAUGAUUAGAUUUUUCGAUUGCAAGCUUCACUUCUUUGGGCAAGAAAAACUAUGCAAUAAUAUCACGUUACAGGACUUGGAUAAAGACGAUCUCAAGGCACUGAAAGCAGGUUUUAUGCAAAUUCUUCCAGUACGGGACCGUGCUGGAAGGGCUGUGUUCCUUGCUGUGCCCUCAAAGCAAACAUUCAACAACCCAAUAAACAAAUAUCGUGGGUUGUUCUAUCUAGUAAUGGCAAUGUCGGAAGAUGUGGAGACCCAGAAACGCGGGGUUUCAAUCGUGGUGUACAACGUUGAAAAGUUCGAAAGGGACAAGUACGACAACGACGCUGUAGCUCACACAACAUGGAUACAGAAUAGUGUGCCUAUGAAGACGUGCGCAGUGCAUUACUGUAUAAGCGACUCUGCCUUUCGUUCCGUUAUAAACAUUGCUAUGCACUUCUUCUCUGAGGAUACGAGGGCGAGAGUCAAAGUGCACUUUGGAACACACUUGGAAUGUACCUAUUCUUUGAUGACGUUUGGAUGUCCUGUGCAUUGUUUACCUGUUGGUCUCGAUGGAAAGCUGAAACGAAAGGCGCAUUUGGAGUUCAUUAGAAUGAGACAGCAACAAGAGGCUCGAGUAGGGUUGCCGAGGAUUGUACUUCCUUCCCAUGACGACGUCUUAUUUGGGAGAGGCAAACCAUACCGUCAACAUAUAGCAAACCUCCGGCUUCACGAGAUGAUGGAAGAGGAGAUGAAGCAAACAGAAUCGUCGUCACUCAAAAGCAAGCGAAUGUUAACAAUCGAAAAGCUAACAGAAGCGAUCCGACAUGAAGGAGGACGAUUCCUUCAACAAGACGAAGUUGGUUGCUGGGUGGAACUUGAUGAGAAAGUAGUGCACGAGAAAGUCAACCGCUCGUUUCGAACUCGCUUGAGGAAUAAUAAACAGUAG